GUCUACAGAGCAGGGGGAUUCCCCGAGGGAAGUUCCCAACUCUACCAGGCUAUGUAAAACAUACAUUAUUGCCAUAUCCUCUCCGGAGCUUCGUAACUCUGCAUCUGAACGUCUGAGGACGACGCAGCGGUUGUGUCGAAACAUUAAAUUCGACUUUUUCAGUUACUCGAAUGAAGGGCUCAUGUCUGCUGUGUCAGUGAUGAAUGUGGAGCACAAGGCAUGGAAAGGAACAUCGCAGACCAGCUCAACAAAGCUUUUGAAGCUUAUCGCCAGGUCUCCAUCGAAAAGGACAAUGCCAAAAAGGAGCUGCAGAAAAUGACUGAAUAUUAUGAGCAAUACACUCAAGAGCUUCAGAAGCAGAUAGAAGACCAGCAGCGGUUGAUUACAGAACUGGAAGCAAAGUUGUCAGCAACAAGGCAACCAUCAGGAGAGAUGAAAUGUGAGCCUUGCAACCAUCUCCUUGAUGGGGCCAGCACUUAUAGGAAAAUACAGUAUCCGGAGAAUAUGGGCACUGUUGCUGUUGCUCCUAAUUUGCCAGUCAACAGCAGCGUUGACUAUCAGGACAUGCUGGAAGCAUUUGAAGCAAUUCAAGGCAAAUUCCGACAGAUUCGGUCUUUAACAAGAAGACAAAAAGAUCAUCUAAAGAGAUUCCAUGGAGGAAAUGAUACAUCAAACGAUCAGCGGUUCUCCAUGCCCAUCCAGUGCACAGAUCGUACCGCAGAGGCAGAGAGACCCUUUUCCACAGCUCUGAGAUCAGCCGUGGAUAUCCCACUCCUGCCUGAAUCUCUAGCAUCGCGAGGCGCCAGCCAGGAGGACAGGGACUUGGUAGACUCUCUCACCAAACUCAGUGUCAAAUUCCCACCCUCUGCGGACAGUGAAUAUGACUUCCUGAACAGUGCUCCGGAGCGACACAUUGGUCUGACCAUGCCCAUGAAGCGGCCUCUCACUAGUGUCUCCUCCACACUGACAGAGGAGGAGCCCGUGGAACUGCCCAUGCCUUUUGUCUACCCUCCAUCCCCCUCCCAUUCAACAUCAUCCUCGCUCUCCCAGGAGAGUGUGCGGGGACCCCAGCAGCCUCUCUGGAGCCCUGAGCUGUGUGAUGCAGUUGACGUGGGGACAGAGCUGGCGACGCCUCAAAGCAGCAGUCCGGAUAAAUGUGCUUUCUGCCAUGCUGUGGUUCCUCAGGACCGAAUGAACAGCCACCUCUACUUGCAUUUCUCCCCUAAUAAUGAAGCCGACGAUUGACAGUGGAACAAUGACUGAUGGGCGAAGCCCUCAACUACUUCAAGACUUUACUGUUUUCAUGGUCUAGUCCUGCCUGCCAUGAAGUACAAGCGCUGUACUGGAUUUGAAAUGACACUGCAAUAAGACUUGAAUCCAUUUAUUUAAUAUUGAAGAAUUGAUGGUACACUUUCUUGCCCAUUAUAUUUUUCUAAUAUCACGCUGAGAUUUUACAAUGAUGCAUAUGGUAUAUAAGAGCAAAUAAACCAACAUUUACUCUUGCAACAA